AUGUCACCUGAUACCGUGUCGGCUCUAUUUCCAGACCGGCCUAUCCGGCCACUACCGAAGCGUCGACUUCGAGAACGCUUGUCGCCAGAGGUCGCCCAUUCGAUCAAAUAUCCUCCGUCCACCCACGAUACCGUCCCCCUCUUUUACUACCCGCCGUAUACCGUCAAGGAAGGUGGGGACUCCGUCGCCACCGAGUCCGCCGGUCCUCUUGAACACAAUCGGCGAUCGAACCUGGGAGCAACCUUUGGAUCCUUGCGAAACGGCGUUGGUCCUGAAGUUGCGGAAGAGGAGGAAGCUAUUGUGCGUAGCACACUCGUCGCUCGAUCCCCUCCGGAAAUUUUCAGCCGAGCAGCUCGCAAUCCAUCUCGGCCAGAUCAACCUCGACCGGCAGACCCCCAGCCACCGCCCUCGGCAACCUCAUCAGUCGAUGGCUACGACUCUUUUGAAAACACCAACAACAAGAAGAAGCGAAAAAUCCCAUCCGCAGGUGACUCGGCCAUCAACGCUGCGCACUCGCUCAACAGCGAAACCAGCUCCCUCGCCAUCUCGGCUGGUGGACAUUCUCCUACGAGCAAUGCCCACGAUGACAGAUUGCACCACAGCACCUCUGGCUACGUGGCGUCGGGGCCCUAUGUACCCAUCAAUCAGGGAUUCUCUGGACCCGGAAGAGGGCGACUGGGUCGUGCAAGGAACGGCAGAAGUCCCCUGCAAGCUCUGCCAGACGGCAACAAUGUAUGGCCGGCGCGGUCAUCGAAAGCUGCACAAGAAGGCAGUGGCAUCAUCUCCAGUGCCAUAGCCAACGCCGAAAAGCUGCCGUCUCAGGGACAGGAGAACAUUAGUCUUCUGCAGCAACAUUCUGCCAUGGCGAAAACCACGCCGGCGUCAACACAGUUCACAUUCACCUGUGACUCUCAGGUAGCUGGAACAGUGCAGUGGCCUGGCCACCCAAACAAGCACUCUUUGGCACCCCAGGUGGCAGGGGCCGUAUCCAAGGCACCCAAUGGCGUCAACCACGAAGUGUCUUCCAAGGCGACCGGCGCCAAGGCCAGCCAAUCGCGCAGGAAAUCACGUCGUCGUUUGGAGCAGGAGUUGAACAUUGCAGCGCGUCACCGCCGGCAGAUUGCCGCCGAGAACUAUUAUCAUCAUCCCCCCAAGGGCGAAGAUGUGUGGAUCUGCGAAUUCUAUCGCCGACACCGCCAGGAAGAAGCCGACCGCAAGCGACUGCUCGAAAAGGCAAAGGCGAAGAGCCGCAAGGGCAAGAAGAACGGCAAGGCGGUCAACAAGGGCAGUCAUGGAGGGCACCAUAUGUCUGACCAAGGCCCGGCAGACGUGGCUGGCGACCAGGACGCUCCGCCCAUGCACCAUGGGCAUAGCCAUUCGACGCAAUCAGAGGAAGAGGAGUACGCGGGCGACUACGAAGAAAGAUACGCCAGGCUGCCCUCUGAACGUCGGCCAGCUGGGGGAGUCGGCGGGGGUGAAGCUAUUUGCACACAUGCCAAGACAUAG